ACGAAUGUAGGUCGAGUGGCUGAGAGGAGCAGUGCAUUCAGUAGAGGCUCUUUUGUUAGAACAAAGUAAAUAAAGAUCCGGUUGCUUUUUUCCUGAGCGAUGUUUUUUAUAUGUAACUAUAGCUGAAGUCAAAGCAACUCUCUUCAUCUUAUGUAUGGUGAUUUUGUCAGACGACGUCUCGCAUAAUUAGGGAUUAAAGUGAAGAGCUGCUUAGAAGAAACUGCUGGUUAACAUGUAUGGGUCUCGUUUCAGUCACUAUUUCAUAUUAUUCCCGUUGUCUGACAACAUAAACAGGAAAAUAUUGAGUUUAAAACACGUUUAGUUUAAAAAGUCGGCAGAAUUCAAAUGCGCCGUAAUAACGUCAUUACGCAUGACGUUAUCUUCCGUUCGUGAAUAUUUGUUCGUGACAAACGUGGAUUGUUUUCUUCUGAUGAAUAGCCUAUUUCCAGUCUGCAGAUCUGUAUUGAUUCCCAUCAUCCUACAAGAGAAGCACAAACUCCAGGACUAGCUGCUGAAAUCUGUGUGACUGUUAUGGAGUUUAUUAAAGAGAAUAUUGAAGACAUGACUGAUCCAGAACCAUCCAGAAUAAAACAUAAAGAAGCUGAGCAACAAACAGAACGGCUGGAAGUGAAGCAAGAAAAUAAACUAGAUGAGGUUAAGGAGGAACAUUGUGAUUUCAAAACUCGAAGAGAAAAAGCCAAAACACAACCCACCUGCUCUCAGUGUGGAAAGAGUUUUUCUCAAGCAUCAAAUCUCAGGAGUCAUCUGCGCAUUCACUCUGGAGAAAAACUAUUCAUCUGUGAUCUGUGUGGUAAAGGUUUUUAUUCAUCAUCACAUCUCACAAAACACCUGUUAGUUCAUUCAGGUGAAAAACCUCACACGUGUUCGGUCUGUGGAAAGAGUUUUUCAAGGCUGGAUCAUUUUAAACAACACCAGAAAACACAUGAUAAAGUGAGAGAUCAUGUGUGUUGUGACUGUGGGAAGAGCUUUACUACAGCUGAAUACCUGAAACUGCACCAAAGGAUUCAUACUGGAGAAAAACCUUACAAGUGCUCAUACUGUGACAAGAGAUUCACUCAGUCUGGGAGCCUGAAAGUGCAUGAGCGAAUUCACACUGGAGAGAAGCCGUACCCGUGUACUCAGUGUGAGAAGAGUUUCAAAGAUUCAUCCGGUCUCAGUGUUCAUCUGCUCGUUCACUCUGAAGAAAAACCAUUCAACUGUGAUCAGUGUGGGAUGGAUUUUAAUUCAUCAUCGUAUCUCAAAAAACAUCUGAAAGUUCAUUCAGACGAGAAGCCUCACAAGUGUUCUCUCUGUGGAAAGAGUUUUUCAAGACUGGAAAGUUGUAAACGACACCAGAAAACACAUGAUGAAGUGAGAGAUCAUGUGUGUUGUGACUGUGGGAAGAGAUUUGCCACAUCUGGUGAACUGAAACGGCACCAAAUAAUUCAUUCUGGUGUAAAACCUCACAAGUGCUCAUACUGUGACAAGAGUUUCACUCAGUCUGGAAACCUGAAAACACACGAGCGAAUUCAUACUGGAGAGAAGCCGUACUACUGUACUCAGUGUGAGAAGAGUUUUAAAGAUCCGAAAGGUUUGAUUCAUCAUCUGCGCAUUCAUUCUGGAGAAAAACCAUUCAACUGUGAUCAGUGCUGGAAAGGUUUUAUUUCAUCAUCACAACUAAAUAGUCACCUAAUAGUUCAUUCAGAUGAGAAGCCUUAUGUGUGUUCUGUCUGUGGAAAGAGUUUUUCACGACUCGUAUGUUGUAAACUGCACCAGAAAACACAUGAUGAAGUGAGAGAUUAUAUGUGUGACUGUGGGAAGAGCUUUACUACAUCUGCCUUUCUGAAAAAGCACCAAAGAAUUCAUACUGUAGAAAACCCUUACAAGUGCUCAUACUGUGACAAGAGUUUCACUCAGUCUGAAUCUCUGAAAAAUCAUGAGCGAAUUCACACUGGAGAGAAGCCGUACCACUGCACUCAGUGUGACAAGAGUUUCACUCGGUCUGGAUACCUGAUUUAUCACAAGCGAACUCAUACUGGAGAAAAACCUUACAAGUGCUCAUAUUGUGACGAGAGUUUCACUCAUUCUGGACACCUGAAAUAUCAUGAGCGAAUUCACACUGGAGAGAAGCCGUAUCACUGUUCUCAGUGUGAGAAGACUUUCAGAAGUUCAUCAAACCUUUACGCUCAUGUGAAAAAAUGUUGCAAGUGAGCAAAAAUAGUUUUCAUGUCAAAUGCAUUUGUGUAAAUUCUCAAGUUUAUACUGAAAGCAGAGUGUUGUGUCGUACUAUUAUCUCAUUGUAAUAUUCGGACCAAUCAGUGUUCUGCAGUGGCCUGACUUCGUCAUACUCAUAUUCUAGUGAGAAUUAGUCUGAAACUCCUCUGUAUGGCUUUGAUUAUGAGACG